AUGGCACCCCCGCGCUCCGUGGCAGAUGCCACCCGCUUCACCGCGACCGGACCCCACGCCUUCACCCGCGCACCCCCCAGCAGCGGCAGCGCCAGCGGCGGGGAGACGCCCCAGCAGCGCGUGGCCCGCCUCCGCGAGGCCGCUAACAGGGCAAAGAUGGACCAGGUCGGCACGUUUGACCGCAUCGUGGACCGCGGCCGCAUCUGGGCCGACAGGGCUCACAAGGUUGUUGCCAUUGGGCUUAUUGGAGCUACAGUGCUUUGCGGUGGUAUCACGAUCUUUGCGUUUACGGACAUGGUGAUGUUUGCGAGGAGGAAGAAGCGGGCAUAUGCCGAAGAGCAACGCCACCUCCAAGAAACGCAAAAAGAGUCCCAAAUCCUCGCCGCCGUCGCCUCCGGCACCGACGAGGCCACCGCCCGCCACGAAGUCGACCUCGCCCACGAGGUCCGCAAGGGCAAGCCCGUCACCACACGGCUGAAGGAAUGGGCGCUGAGCGGGCUCACGCCGCCCGAGAAGGAGGCCGUCGCCGUGGAUGGGCGCGAGAUUGCUGCUGCCACGGCGGCGGCGGGGGGGCCGGUUGUGACGGCGGUGGGAACCCCUGUGGGUGCUGCCUCUCAGAGGGUUGGUGGUGGUGGUGUGCCGAGAGAUGAGAUGCUGGAUAGACCGGGUGCUGAUGAUCUUGUGAAGGGGGGCAAGGCGCAGGGGGGGAGCACGGGCAUGUUGAGUAGCAUCACGGGGUGGUGGAAAUGA